UGCAUCUGAAAAGGGAAAACAUGAAGUUAUUAGAUGUGGGUGUGAAUUCGAGCAAGGAGAUGAAGAUGAAGAAGAAAUUACCACAGCUUAGAGAGGAGAUGAAAAUGAAUAACAAACCAUCUUCAAUUGGCAAGAUUGCACCACUGAUUCCCUUUGACGUUCUACCUUACAUCCUAGCUCGCAUUCCACCUGCAACAGUAUGUAGAUUUAUUAGUGUAUGUAAGACGUGGCGCGAGCUGAUUCAGAAAUCUUCUUUCAUCUAUAUGCAUCUAAUGUUAGCAAAUAUGGGAUUGAUUCUGCUUUUAUCUUUACCCGAUCGAAAUAGAUUUUUUCUUGAUUUGGAAAACCAAACAUUGUUUUCGAUUGGUGUUGCUGAAUAUUGUAUAUAUGGUUCAUGUAACGGUUUAUUGUGUGUUAGAAGGAUCAGCGAGAAGCUCAGUUACUAUAUAUGUAAUCCUGGGAUACAACAGAUCUUGAAAUUGCCAAAGGUCCGUGAAGGAAAUUGUGACGAAGUUACCGUCUCGUUUGGUUUUAUUCCAUCAACAGACGAGUAUAAGGUCAUGUGGCUCGGAUAUUCUAAUGUCCAUCGAGAGAUCUGUGAGAUUUGUACAGUGGGUAGAAUUUGUAACCCAUGGAGGCGAAUCGGACAGCUACCUAAUUUUGACGGUGAUGGUGUGUUACAUCCUCCAAUUUGUGUGGCUGGUUGCAUGCACUGGAUCCGGCCGAGGAAAAAAAGACAUGGGUUUUCUGAAGUUUUGACAUUGGAUUUGAAAACAGAGAGCUUUAGUAAUAUGAACAUGCCAGGAGGACAUUCGGAUCCUGAAGAAAGUGUUUAUUUGUUAGAGUGGGACCGGCAAUUAUCUGUGGUCAAAAGCAUUGGUGGGUGUUUGAUUAUAUGGGUGUUAGAUGAAAGUAAUGAAUGGAGGUGCAUGAUUGAUGUUUCGCUUAAGUUAUUGGGUCUCGAAGAUGAGAAAGACUACAUCCGCCCUAUUGCCAUUAGAAACGGAUGCGAGCUCAUCUUCUUUUUUGAAGAUUGCUACAUCCGUUCUUUCAAUUUUAGGAAUCAAAGGUUGGAGACAGUUUAUGAGAGCUCUGAUCGAGUUAUAGGCGCUGUACAUAAUCAUGUCAAUAGUCUUGUCUGGUUUGGAUAGAGCUUUGAUUUAGCAUCUUCAAUUCAUUACUUACUGUGUUAUUCAUCUAUUCAUUCUCUAACUUUUAA